AUGGGCAUGACUGAGGACAAUGAAGAGCAGGAGCUCAACUCGUUCCGGCAACCCUCCACCACCCUCCACCCAACCCCGCCCUCUUCCCCAGCGUCCGCACCCGCCAUCCCGGACGAGCUCACUGACCGUCUCAACUCGCUCGCCAAACAGCUCGAGAUGGCGCCCGAGCUCGCGCGUUUGCUUGAAGCCCAGCACGCUACCACCCAGUCUACGAUCUCCGUCCUCGAGUCCAAGACACAGCACUCGCCCUCGCCGACGAUCUCUGCCUCCACCUUCGUCGCCCGCACAAAAUGGGGCAACACACUUGCCAGGAACUCAACAGCGCCUGUUCCCAAUAUCGCCGCAACGUCCGGCCCUGGUCCCAUCGUGCAACCAUUCUUUGCAUUUUUGUCCGCCAUGAGAAAGCGGAAGCUCGCGCUCCGAAAACCGACAAGCGGAGCGUGGAGGGCGAGCGUCGCGAGCUCCGCGAUCCCCGCGGACCUCGAGGCCACUAAGCAGCUCGUCCAAGCAUCCGAGUCCGCCCGUGCUGCGCCGCAAGAACCCACCGUCCCCGUUGCCGCGGUCGAGGAGGCGAGGAAAGAGGAACGCGAGUUGCUCACCUCGAUGUUCGUGGAGUGGAAGAAGAACGUCGAGGGCAAGUGGAGCAGCGUGCACAAGGACUGGACGGAGGAGCGGGAGCACCUCCGGCAAGCCAGGGACGAGUGGGAGAGCCGGAUGCGCGCGGCCGAGGAGACGGUUUCCAUCGCUGCGACGGAGGUUGAGAACGGUCAGAUGUCCCUGGCAUCCUUUCAGGCGCAACCACAGCAGAAGUAUAUGGACGACAAUGCGAAACCCCAAUCCAGUGGCAGUCUCGUCACUCCUCCCAGCCCUCGCUCCCUCUCCGCCGAGUCCACUCGCCCCCGGAACCGGAGGAAACACGCCGGGUCUCUAGAAGCGAUGGCUCAUCCGCGCUGCGUCGGCUGGGGCGAAAUGGGGCUCAACUACCACUACGACAACUCCCCACGCGCUCUCCAGCACGAGGCAUUCAACCGCCAGUACGCUCUCCCGCGCCGCCGCGCUCUGCCCCGCGCUCAUUCGGCACUUGUUGGCAUCGUCGGUGGCGUCGUCGUAUAUACCGUCUGA